CUGACUUCCGAGUUCUGUGCGAAUAAUGCCAAAUUCCAUCCAAAUAAGAAAAAUAAAGAAUACGAUGACGCCAUCGAACGGAACGUGACGUAAGGCAAAACGCUAAAACAAAAACGAAAAACCACAACAAAGCGCACCAAGCGCAAAGCUUUUAACUAACAUAGAACAUAGCAAAGUGAAAGGUGCAGAUGUUUCCGGAAGAAAAACGGCAUAUUGAAUGAAAAUAAAUAUUGGUAAUUUUCCAAUAAUCUAUCGAGUCUUCGGCCGCGUGGAGAACUCCUCAUCAAUGUAACAUUAAUGCCAAAAGUUGAUCGAAAACUUGUUAGCGAAAAUGGACGUUAAAUGUGAAAGAUUGGUUUCGCACAGCGACAAUAGCCACAGCCACGUGGCCGUACACGAACUACGUCACGAUAAUAUGGCACGUAUAGAAAGGCAAUCGGUGGUGGCAAACUAUACGCUACGAAGUCGGCGAAGAUCGGCAGCAGCAGCAGCAGCACAACGCAUCCAAAAUGCUACAGACACUGGUGGGGGAGCGCCGCCGCAGAGCGUUCAACACGGAGCGAAUAGAUACGGAACGAAAGCGGCGAGGGCCACAUUCACAUCACAACAAAAGCCAGCCGCAAGCGAAAUGUCCGCGUCAGUGGACGGUGCAGUAGUUGUGCGGCAAAAUGUGUGCGUCCUUUGUCGCCAAGGGGCGGAUAAAUGUUGCUCGCGAAAUUUCGGCAGUUUUACAAUGCCAUCUGCAACAGCAGGCAGCAACAGUAGUGGCGUGCGAAAUGGGCAAGCCAGCAGUGGCAACAGCGUGCGGCGAGUAGCAGCAGUGCCUGACACUUGGCACAGCAGCGUUGUUCAGCGCAUACGGCAGCCAAUUGAUAGUACAAUAGUUGAAACACCACCAACAAUAAGUGCAACAACAAACGCAGCUAAGCGGCAGAGUGGCAACGCAGAGAGUAGCGGUGGGCAGUGGGUAUUUGCGCAUGACGACAGUUGUUCAUUUCAUACAGCAACAGCAAGGCUGACGAAUAGUGGUAUAAGCGCGCUAGCAAUCGCGCAGCAGCAACACACGCAACCUAAUGAUGGAACGGCAUCGACACCUGUGUAUUGCAGCUGCCAACAGCGAACGCCGCAAGGUAUGAAUUGUGUGCCGCAAACGCUCCCUGCGCCAACUGCUGUCACCACAUCACACUUAACAAAGGCAGCAAUAAUAACAACAACAUCGCCAGCACAUUCGUCAUCAAGCGCAGAUUUGGAGCUGCGAUCAGUGGCCGAAUGCGCCACAUCACCAAAAGCAACAGCAACAGCAAAACCAGCACCAGCAUCAUCAUCAUCAGCUUCAGCAUCAUUAGCACUCGCUGCCGGUACAAAUUUCAUUGAGCAACGCAAAUAUAUGCUAAACGAAGCACCAACAACAGUAGCAACAAGCAUACAUUCACCUGCGCCCUUUGCAACAACGUUGCGUACAUUUCAGUUGUUGUUGUUGUGCAUACAGAUGCAAUUAUUGCGACCCAUUUACAAGCAACUCAAUAGUUUUCUACACAAAGCCAAUAGCAAUCGCAGUAGCAGCAGCAGCAACAACAACAAAAACAACAAACAGCAUACGACGAAUAGUAAUAGGAUCCAUAGAAAUAGUAAAAAUAGUAAUACGCAAACGAAAUCCAAUAAAAGACAACAGAAACAAAAUCCACAACUGCAGCAGCAGCAGCAGCAACAACAACAACGUCCUCCACUUUUAAGACUGAUGAAACUAAUUCGCUGUAAUUCCUACUACAAUAAUAAUAAUAAAGUUAAUGAUAACAAUUUAAUUAAUAACUGUAACAAUAAUGCCACAAAUAUAUUUAAUGCAUCACACAAACAACAACUACAAUACGCCAACGCCAACGCCAACAACCAUAGCUCUAACAAUAGUACGUUUAGUAACAGUAAAUGCUCGCAACUGCAACAUCACAUGCACCACCGCACAGUACAACAACAACAACAGCAACAACAGAUAUUACAACAAGAACAUCACUGCAAUUUAAUGACCACAUCACAUCAGCAAAAUUUGCAACACCAACACCAGCAACAACAACAACAAAAAUAUAUAGUGCAACAUCACCUCAAAGCAAACGUAUUCGCUUCAACAUCGUUGCAACUGCAACUACAACAUUUGCGCUACUUCAAAAUGCCAAAUCUCUCAUUCUUGCAUAUGCUACUGAUUGCCCUUUCGUUCCUAUCGCUCUUUCUGCCAUCGAUAAAUGCACAAGCAUCGAAUGCGAUUGCAACAGCUGCUGCCUCAGCGCCGGUGAGCAAUGACGUACGCCCUUCACAGGUGGCCUUGGGCCGCAAUGAGACUGUGCGGCUCAUGUUGCGUGAUGAAGCUUUCGUCACCUCUUCGAACGCCGCCUCACCGCGUUGGGAACCACAAAUCGCGGUGCUCUGUGAAGCCGGCCAAGUAUUUCAGCCGCAAUAUCUUUCCGAAGAGGGACGCUGGGUAACGGAUUUAAACAAGAAGACAUCGGGCGCCACGUGCCUGCGCGACAAAAUGGAUUUACUGGACUACUGCAAAAAGGAAGGACGCAGCGGGGCUUCUUAAUCGGUGGGCAUUGUAGCAUCGGCGGCAGUGACCUGAAUACAAAAAU